UAGGAAAAGGUAUGACCUUCUUUCGUUUAGCGCUGACGUGACAGUUGAUUUGUUUGAUUAAAAUAAAAUAAAAUAAAUAGGCGCACUUAAAAUAUUCAUUACGGCGAAAUCAAUCAAUCAAAGCAGGCGCCGGAAUCGAAGAAGCUGCCCGCGAACGUGGUAGAAGCACGGAGAGAGCGAGCGGAGCGGGGCGACAGUGAGAGCGAGCAAACGCGAGAGAAACUUGGGACUCCACGGGUGAAAUUUCGUGGUUUUAUGGAGCUGCAGAGGCGCCCCCCUAUAUAACCAACCACCCCCUCAGCACGCCCCCCACUGGCAAGAUGCUGUGUAUACAAUAUUAGCGAUUAUUGAAAGCACACGCACACACGAGAGCACCUGGGAAAAGAGCAGGAGACAGACCAGGAGGAGACGGUGGAGGAGCGAGAGAGUGGGGCAGCGGCAGCAGCAGCAGAAGCAGCAGGGCAGCUCGGCAGCAGAGCAGCGUAUGUGCCGGCAUCCGAAAAAAACACUAUUUAAUAUUGAAGCUUUUGUAAACAAUUCGCUUUGCUCUGGAGACCAAGGUCAAACACACACGGCAAGUUGGUGAAUAAGUUUCGCUGCGAAGUGCCUGUCAGUAGACCCGUGCAGCUUGCAAUGGCAACAACAACGACGACGGCCAGAAGAGCCGGCACCGAGGAGGAGGAGGACACCACCUCACAGCUGUUGUCCAACGGAAACCCCACCACCAACACCACCACCACAAAUGGGAAGGCAGGCGGUGCAGUGAGCAAAGGGCAGGAAAUCGGAACAGGUGCAGGUUCAGGCGUAGGACCAACAGGAUAUUCACCCACAUCCGGCACCUUUAUGAAACUGAAAACCUAUCUCUUAGCUUUGCGUCCCUGGUCGUUAUCCGCCAGCUUGGUGCCAACGCUCCUUGGAUCCGCACUGGCCUACCGCUCCCAAUGGUCGGCGGAGUUCUCGCUGGCCACCUUCUUCCUCACCGCUUUUACUGUGGUCACGGUUCACUGUGCCGGCAACGUGGUCAACACCUACUUUGACUUCAUCAAGGGCAUUGACAAGCAAAAGGCCGACGAUCGUACGCUGGUGGAUCAUAUUCUCACCAAGGAUGAGGUGGUUUCGCUGGGUGCCAUUCUGUACAUGGCCGGCUGCGGUGGCUUCGUUCUGCUGGCGGUGCUCAGUCCGGCGAAAAUGGAGCAUUUGGCGCUGAUCUACUUUGGCGGUUUGUCGUCGAGCUUCCUGUACACUGGCGGCAUUGGUUUCAAGUAUAUCGCCUUGGGUGAUCUGGUGAUACUGAUACUGUUCGGACCCAUCUCUGUGCUAUUCGCGUUUAUGUCCCAAACGGGUCACCUGGACUGGACGACAAUGGGCUAUGCCAUUCCUUUGGCCCUCAACACGGAAGCAAUUCUGCAUAGUAAUAAUACCAGAGAUGCGGAUAAUGAUCGUCGGGCUGGCAUUGUUACAUUGGCAAUAUUGAUAGGACGCACUGCCUCGCAUGUUCUAUACGCUAUGCUUCUCUUUGCCCCCUAUUCGCUGUUCUUUAUCUUCGGCCUAAAGUACUCGGUGUGGUUCCUGCUGCCACUGGUGACCCUGCCGCAAGCCUUUCAGAUUGAGAAGCGAUUCCGCAACGAGCAGACGAUGCAUCUGGUGCCGCGGCAAACGGCCAAGCUGAACUUUUUCUUCGGCAUCUUGUACAUCGUGGCCUGUUGCUGUGCCCAGCAAUUGCCAACCUUUGGAUUCCGUAAGCAUUGAGGUGAAAAUAUAUAGAUCAGAAACAGAACAGAGGGAAACUGGUGCAACAAGUUUUUUAGGGAAUUUCAUUAGUUUUUAGUCAAUCGAUGUUUGUAGUGCGAAAUCUGUCAAUUUCGAAGAGUUUUUGAUGUUGCACAAAACUUUCAAAAUGCUUGCUAGUCGCCCGUUAGUGUCUAAACUUUUGAACUGAACAUAUCCUAGCCCUAUAAAUAUUCAAAUCCUUGGGUGGGUCGACUCAUUUGACGCGGACUCUAAGGAUAUAUCGGAGAGGUUUUGCAAUGGAGAGACUGUGGGUUCUGAAAUAGCUGUUUCUAUAUGGGACCUGCAGUUUAUUUGUUAUAAAAAUCUUCAAUAUCCUUUAACUUCCUACCUCCCCUACAAUAUCGACCCCCUUAACAACCACUCGUUUCUAUUUAUUUCACAUCAUCAAUCUCUAAUCUUAACCCUUCACCGACGACUCAAUGUAAGUGUAAUUAAUAAUCAUACUCUUCCGCUCGCGCGUUGGGAACAUUACGGACCAAGCAAAGUGUAAUCGGUAAUAGCUAAUGCGGACACAGUUUUUUAUUAUUCUGAAAUAUAAACCAUAUAUAUUAUUAUCACAGCAGGGUGCAGCAGUUACUUAAGUUUUCGCGAAUCAAAAUGCAGAUUUACUUUACAAAAUGAUAAGAAAAAGUGCUUGGAAAUGCAGCUAAGUUGAACGUUUUUUGGCAAUGCUUAGCUGGCUUGCUUUUUGUGUGACAAUUGUUAGAGUUUUUACAUACAUACAUAUAUAUUAUAUACACAAUCAUAUGCAUAUAUAUUUAUAUACACAUCUAGAUCAUAUACAUAAGCCCAGUGUGUCUAGCGGCAGGCUCAAGAGUGAGAAAUAUAUCAAAGCGAAACAUCAACAAACACAAAACGAAACGCAAAUUUAAAUUUUUAAAGCGAAUUAUAUAGCGACGUAGGGAAUGUCAAGGCGAAGGAGCAACCAUUGUUUUCCAUUAACAAUACCGUUACGAAUAUAAACAAAAUAGCUUUAAAUAAAAUCAACAGGAGAGGAAAAAGGGAGGAGCAAAGCAAACCCAUUUGCAUUCUAAAAUCCAUUUUGUUACUAAACAUUUUCGUGUGGCAAUACUUUUAUUUGUACGCUAGGUUUUUUAUGUAUAUUGUCUAAGCUAAUCAAUCCAUCGGCUCAUCCAUUCUACAUAUUUGAUAUAUGCAUAUAUAUAUUUGUACGAUUUAGUGCUGAGUUUGCUUAGCCAAAAGAAAAAAUGCUUUUUGUUGGAAUCGCUGAGGAGCAACCGAAUGAAACUAAGUGACAACUUUGUAGACUACAAAUCAACCACAACAAUAAUAAUUAUAAUGAUAUUGAUAAUUAAAUGUUUAACUAGAGAAUAUAAAAAACAUGAA